UGUCCUCACAGUUUUCCAUCACUCUCUUUGACCUUUUCUCAUACUGUACAUUUUUCUGCACAACAAUUUCAACACAGAGUGAUAAACACUUGAAGAAAAAUCAAUGACAAGGACUCAACUGCAUCAUAACAUAACACAUGGUUGACUUGACUUGACUUUCCACUUCAUUUUUAACCAUCACAAACCUCUAACAAUUUUCAUUUCACAAAACAGAAUCAUGAAUUCCUUCAACCUUCUAUUUCUCUUCAUCUUCCUCAUCAUCAACUCAACCACACAAGCACAGAACCCAACUUACCUCUUCCAAUUCUGCACAAAAAACCAAACCAACUCCAACAGCCUCUACCACUCAAUCCUCAAAACCCUUUUCUCUUCACUAUCUUCCAACGCCACCAACAACAACGAAUUCUACAACACCACAAUCCCUAGCAAAAACCCUUCAAACACUGCAUACGGUCUAUUCAUGUGCAGAGGCGACGUUUCCUCUCCCCUCUGCCAACAAUGCGUCGCAAACGCAACACAAAAACUAUCCACAGACACAGAUUGUUCCUCAUCCAAACAGGCUGUUAUCUGGUACGACGAGUGCAUGGUUCGAUACUCCAACACCUCUUUUUUCUCCACCGUCACUACAAGUCCAGCUUUUUACCUAGUAAGCACCGCUAAUAUAACGAACCAGGAAAGCUUCAUGAGUUUGUUGUCUGUUACUAUGAACGAAUCAGCAGAUAAAGCAGCUGCGAAUUCUUCUGUCGGUACUAAGAAAUAUGCUACAAAGGAAGCUAGAAUCUCUGGGUUUCAGACGCUGUACAGUAUGGCUCAGUGUACAGACGAUUUAUCUUCACAAGAUUGCAGUACGUGUCUUAGUGUUGCCAUUGCAAAUCUUCCACAGUGUUGUAAUGGAAAGACGGGAGGAAGAGUUUUAGUUCCUAGCUGUAACAUUAGAUAUGAAUUGUACCCUUUUUAUAGAAACAUUGCUCCCUCGCCAGCGCCUUCAGCACCACCAGUGAUUGUUCCUCCAACAACCAAUUCUAAUUUGGGAGGAAGUAGUGGGAUCUCAUUAGGGACAAUUGUUGCAAUUGUGGUUCCAAUUACAGUGGCUGCGCUGCUAUUUAUCAUAGGAAUUUGUUUCUUAUGUAUAAGAGGGUGGAAGAAGAAGCAUGACUCUGCUGCAGCACAGGAUCCGAAAACUGAAAUCGAUAUUACCACAGUGGAAUCCUUGAGAUUUGAUUUGAAUACACUUGAAGAAGCCACCAACAAAUUCUCAGAAGCUAAUAAGCUAGGUGAAGGUGGAUUUGGCGAGGUUUACAAGGGCGUGCUUCCGAGCCGACAACAAAUAGCUGUCAAGAGACUCUCUAAACAGUCGGGACAAGGUGGAGAACAAUUUAAGAAUGAAGUUGAACUGGUUGCACAACUUCAACAUAGAAAUUUAGCGAGGCUUCUUGGGUUUUGCUUGGAAAGAGAAGAAAAGAUACUAGUUUAUGAGUUUGUAGCCAACAAAAGUCUUGACUAUAUUCUUUUUGAUCCUGAAAAACAAAGGUUGUUGCAUUGGACAAGGCGUUACAAGAUUAUUGGAGGGAUUGCUCGGGGCAUUCAAUAUCUUCAUGAAGACUCUAGGCUUAAAAUUAUUCAUCGUGAUCUCAAAGCUAGCAACAUAUUGUUGGAUGGAGAUAUGAAUCCAAAAAUCUCUGAUUUUGGCAUGGCAAAAUUAUUUGGAGUGGAUCAAACUAAAGGAAAUACCAGUAGGAUUGUAGGGACAUAUGGUUACAUGUCUCCGGAGUAUGCAAUGCAUGGAAAUUUCUCUAGUAAGUCUGAUGUAUAUAGUUUCGGAGUUCUCAUCAUGGAGAUUAUAAGUGGCAAGAAGAACAGCUCUUUCUAUGAAACAGGAGCUGCUGAGGAUUUAGCGAGCUAUGCGUGGAAACUUUGGAACAAUGGAACGCCUUUGAAAUUGGUGGACCACACAAUAAGAGAAUCCUAUACUCCAAAUGAAGCUAUAAGAUGCAUCCAUAUUGGUUUAUUAUGUGUCCAAGAAGAUCCAGAUGAUAGACCUACAAUGCCAACAAUAGUGCUCAUGCUAGAUAGUCACACUGUUACUCUACCAGUACCGAAGCAGCCUGCAUUUUUUCUACAGAGUGGAGCUGAUCAGCAGAUGCCAACAAUACAGAUUAGUCAAUCUGAUAACAAUUGAUUACCAAAGUCUGUCAACGAGAUGUGUGUUUGUAAUUAGAUCAUGAUAAAGGUAGAAAAUAGGAGGAGAUUUUAGGAGUAUUGUCUAUUGAGUUCAAAACCUUGUAAAUUUGUAAUAUUGUGUAUUGGCUUAUUUUUCAAUGUGGAAAAUAAUAACAUGUAUCGGUCAUAGUGUCACCCCUCUAGUUGCAGCAGAAAUACAUCAUGUUGUAUGAUAUAAGGUUUAUGCAACUCAAGAAUAAUGACACAAUAUUUAUGAA